AUGUUCAUGUCACAUUUUUAUCAGCUGUAAGCUGAUAUUUUGAAAACUUUAUAUUGAAUGUAUUGAUAUGAAAAUCGAACUGGGAUAACAAAUUUAACAACUAUAACACUUUGAAAAAAAUAUGGGAAUUCUUUAACUUAGUCUUUACAAUAUUGUCUGUAAAUAUAUUAUUUCAGUCUUCUAUUUAGUAAGUGACAAAUGUCUGAUAUUAUUAAAAGAAUUCAGCAGUGAUUAUAUAAUUAUGGCUACCAGAAAAGUCUUGAUUGGUGGGGGCACAGGCUUUAUUGGAAGUCAUUUAGGGGAGCUGCUUGGAACCAAAGGCUACAAUGUAGUAAAUAUAGCUCGUAUGCCUGGCGCUAAUAAUAUUUCAUGGACCACUUUGGAGAAUUCAGGCUUACCCAUGAGGUCAUGUGCUGUGGUCAAUUGUGCUGGACAACAGUUUAUGGACUUUACAAAAUCUUGGACACCUGGAUUUAAACAAAAUGUACAAAACUCUAGAGUUUAUACAACAAAAGCACUUGCAACUGCAAUUAACAAAUGUUUAGAUAAACCAAAGGUGUUUGUCGUUCUAACUGGUGUUGGUGCUUAUGAACCUUCAGAGUGCAAUAAAUAUGAUGAGAGCAGUCCCACCACAGGAAUUGAUUUCUUCUCUCGGCUGACGAUAGAAUGGGAAAAAGCUGCCAAAGUAGAUCCACCUGUAAGGCUUGUGAUAAUUCGUUCUGGUGCAGUACUGGGUCGUUGGGGAGGUAUGAUCAAGAAUAUGUUUCUCCCGUUCUACUUGGGCCUUGGCGGCCGCAUUGGCAAUGGCAAGCAAUACCUACCAUGGAUCCACAUAGAGGACCUCACCCGGCUAAUUAUUUUUGCUAUUGAGAAUGAUAAUGUCAAUGGUAUUCUGAACGGCGUAUCCCCGCAAGUUAUUACCAACAAUGACUUCACACACUCAUUUGCUAAAGCUUUGAGAAGACCUGCUUUUUUGCCAGUACCCGAGCCGAUUUUAAAUAUGUUACUAAAUCGAGAGAGAGCCAUGAUAAUGACUAAAGGACAGUACGUCAUACCAAAGAGGGUACAAGAAUUUGGCUUUCGUUACAAAUACGACAACAUAGAUGAUGCCUGCAAAGAGUUUGCACACCUCUGUCCGAAGAAACAUCCUCUUAAAUAAAUUAAUAGGUAUUUAGCAUUAGUGAAAAAUUAAGCAUUGCUUUUUUCGAAACAUACCUGAAAAUAUGUAACUAUUUAUUUAAAAAACUAUUGUACGUUUAAAAUCUGCAUUUUUGUUGUCCUAUGGUCGUAAUUCAUGAAUAAAAUAACAUCAAGUGAUAAUUAAUGUAGUCUAUUUCUUUGUAAUUUAAUAAUUACUUCUAGCUGCUAGUUGUUUUCCUUUAUCGGAAAAGAGUAAGACGGAAAAGAGUAUAUAGUUACCUUUUUUUUUGAGUGGGAAAAAUUAUCGAAAUACUUCUACCGCCCGAAUGUCAAGAGACGGAGUGUCAGACUCUUACUGAGUAAAAACCACCCCGUUCCUACCCUGCACUUC